AUGUCCGCCGCCGAACCUCCCCGUCAAUACGUCCCCCUCACCUGCCACGGCCACUCGAGGCCUGUGCCCCAUCUGAGCUUCUCUCCCCUGGAAAAGGACGACAUGUACUACAUGAUCUCUGCUUGCAAAGAUGGAAAUCCUAUGCUCCGAGACGGCCAGACUGGCGAUUGGAUCGGAACUUUUAUCGGCCACAAAGGCGCCGUAUGGCAGGCCAGGUUAAGCCCCAAUUCAACCAACGCUGCCACCGCAUCCGCCGACUUUACUGUCAAAAUCUGGGACACUCACACCGGCGAGCCCCUCUAUACCAUCCAGCAUAAUCACAUCGUCCGCGCCAUCGCCUACCCCCCCGACAACUCUGACCUCAUUGCGACUGGUGGCAAUGAGAAAAUUCUCCGUGUCUUCGACCUUACCGAAACCCCCAACCCCACCCAGAACGGCAACCCCGCCGUCCCAGCCGUCAUCGAGUCCACCCGCGGCUUCGAGAUUGGCGAAGGAACCCACAAGGCGCCUAUCAAGUUUAUCGCUUGGACUAAGGAUCCAAACAUUAUGGUGACGGCGUCCGACAACACCCUCCGAUGGUUCGAUCUGCCUACGCGCGCAUGUGUGCGACAAGAGGUGCUGGAUGGCGAAAUUCGGUCCUGCGAACUAGUCUCACUCGCGCCCGCUUAUACUUCGCCCGAUGACAUUGGCGGCGGUCUUCCCGUGCUCGCCGUUGCGGCUGGGAAGUGGGUGUACUUCUGGGGCGGCCCGCAGGCCAUGGACGAGAUUAAGCGGAUGGAGCUGAAGUACACCAUCGCCAGUGUUGGACUAGAUCUGAAGGGUCGCAAGUUGGUUGUUGGCCAGGAGCCGGGUACUUGGGCGCGAGUUAUUGACUGGGAUACGGCUGAGGAGUUGGAAACACACAAGGGACACCACGGACCGAUUUGGUCCAUCGCCUUUUCACCCGAUGGCAAGUUUACCGCGCUGGCCUCGUGCAGCGGACGGCGUGAGCGGAGCGAGGCGACGGUCGACACCAAGGAGAACCAGAAUCACGGUACCUCCGUCGGUAAGACUCCGAGGAGCGGCAAAUCAGUGGCGUUCAAGGUACCAGAUGGUUCGGAGAAGAUUUCCAAGACCUCGACUGCGGCCAACACGACGGGGAACGGCGCGGGCGGCGGCCACAAAGGCAAGGACACCGGCAAUCUCCAAAGGGAUGGUCCACACAGUGGACGUCAGAUCAAGGAUAAGGAUACGGUUGCCCAUCACAACAAAGGCAGCAGCAACGUUCAGCGGGAGAGUAAACGAAGCGAGCGAGGCAAGAGGGACGAGUCCUUCCAACAGCGAGUAAGAGAUGAAGGUUAUGCGAGGGGAGGAGGAAAAGAGCAUCGCUGUGAGGACGAGAAAGAAGCCGCUUUCUCUCAGUGGGAUGGCGAAGAAAGGUUUUAUUAG